AUAUAUAUACACACACAAUAAUGACUUCCCAAUAUGAGUUUGUGAGAGAGCAAGACUGAAUAGCGGAAGUUUCUCUCUUUCUUUCCAAUCUCGUUCAAACCAAACACUUCUCUCCAGCAAGCAUUUCCCCCAGUCAUCAAAGAGGAGAGAGAACUCAAAGUAGAGUAAGAUGCUGAGUGUGUCCACUCUGACCCAGAUGCCCCCCAGCGGAGAGGACAGUUCUGGUUCUGACAGGGGUUCAGAGGUCAGUGUUCCAACUCCAGCCACAGAGACAGACCGCUUCGGCUUCAUCCUGGUGAAUGGAUCCACUGCCGGGAGUGAAGGCCCGCCUCCUGAGCUCGUUAGACAGAGAGAGACUAAGUGGAUCAACAUCAUCAGCCAAUGGGAUCGUGUCUUAUUAAAGAAGUCCAGCAAGGUCAAAGAGCAGUGUCAGAAAGGCAUCCCAGCAUCCCUCAGGGCUAAAUGUUGGCCACUGCUGUGUGGCGCCACAGACAGAAUGCACCGCAACAAGGACCUCUACCAGACUCUGGACUCCAGGCCUGCCCUACAGAGCUGGGUGGACGUUAUAGAGAGAGACUUAGACCGCCAGUUCCCCUUCCAUGAGAUGUUCCUCUCCAGAGAUGGUCAUGGGCAGCGUGGUCUGUUCCGGGUGCUGAAGGCCUUUACUCAGCUGAAGCCUGACGAGGGCUACUGUCAGGCCCAGGGACCUGUAGCAGCUGUACUGCUGAUGAACAUGCCUACAGAGGAGGCAUUCUGGUGCCUGGUACAGAUUAGUGAACAGUACCUCCCUGACUACUACAGCCCCCUGCUGGAGGGGGUUCUCUUUGACGCGGCCAUGCUGACCUGGGUGCUGAAGAAGACGUGUCCCGCAACUCACAAGCAUCUGCAGAGACACGGCGUGGAGCCUCUGAUGUUCGCCACCGAUUGGCUGAUGUGCCUGUUCACACGCCACCUGCCAUUCAACACCCUCCUCCGAGUCUGGGACCUGUUCUUCUGCUACGGAGUGCGUGUGUUGUUCCAGGUGGCGGUUGUGUUGGUGCGCAGGGCUCUGGGCCGGGUGGAGCAGAGGGAGGAGUGCGAGGGCCAGAUGGAGACUCUGGAGAGGCUGAGGGGUGUGAGGGAGCAGGUGCAGCAGGAGGACGAUACCUUCAUCGGAGAGGUGUGUUCUGUCCCCCUUUCGGGUAAGGAUCUGGAGAGGCAGACGGAGAAAGAGCUGGAGAAGUGGAGGAAAGAACGGCCUGCCUCCACCUUUGAUCCCCGGGGUCGUUGCCACGGAUAUCGGAUGGCGUGGGCGAGGGCUCGAGAGAGGGAGGAGGAGAGGAACAGAAAAGAGAGGGCGAAAGGGAACCUGCCCAUCCCACCGAUUCGCUCGCCCUCCGUGCUCUCGCUCUCUCCCUCGCUCCUCCGCAAGAGGUGGAAGAGAGGGAGCAAAACAGACACAGGGGAGUGGGAGGGGGGAGGCAGAGAGGUGAGGAAGGUUUCAAAGGAGGUGUGGAAGGAGAGAAGCGAGGGAGGGGUACUGCGGAGAGGAAGUGAGAUGGAUGGUAGUCCAGUGAGGGCUCAGGGUGUUCCACCUCCUGCUACAGAGGACAGGGAACCAGUGGAACUGAGAGAACCAUUAGAACACAAAGAACCAUCAGAACAGGACAGAACCCAAAAGACCCAGAUGACCCCAGAUUCAGCCGGAGUAGCAUCCCAGCAGCGUGAGCUCACCUCUGACCCUCACGUCACCUCACAGGGCCAGGAGGAGGAGCAGGGUGGUUUCAGCGAGACACAGGCCUCUGAGCAGCACGGCGACUGGCAGUCACAGGAAACUAACCACAGUAAAGGCUCCAUGGAAACACAGGAAGUACUGAACAAACAGUCAACAGAGAGUGCACGUAUCAUCACAGAACACAUAGUGACAGAGACAAAGGGUGAGGCAGAGGAACGCAAGGAGACAGAGACACAUGCAGAAGCCAAGACAGAGGAGGAAACAGUGACAGAGAUCCAGAUUCAUACAGAAGCCAAGACAGAGGAGGAAACAGUGACAGAGAUCCAGAUUCAUACAGAAGCCAAGACAGAGGAGGAAACAGUGACAGAGAUCCAGAUUCAUACAGAAGCCAAGACAGAGGAGGAAACAGUGACAGAGAUCCAGAUUCAUACAGAAGCCAAGACAGAGGAGGAAACAGUGACAGAGAUCCAGAUUCAUACAGAAGCCAAGACAGAGGAGGAAAUGGAGGCUGAGGUACAGAAAGGACAACACACAGAUAAAAGUGUAGAGACAGAGACAGAUAUGAGGUCAAAAACAGAGACCCAAACAGAUGUUAAUGCAGACACUGAGACAGACACUGAGACCGACACGCAACAAGAGGCAGAUAUAAACUUAGAGGCAGAAACAGACAUUAGGUCACUGAGAGAGAGAGACAAAGAGACGAACACAGAGACUGAUACCAACAAGGAGAUAGAGGCGCGUACCGAGACACAGUCACACAAAGGGACAGAAAUGGAGACACACACGGACAAAAAAUCUGAGGCAGAGAGACAAACAAAGGUAGAAACGGAGGUAAAGGCACAUAUAGAAACAGAGACACAGGGAGAAAAUGAGUCAGCGAUGCACAUAGAGGCAGACACAAGAGUAGAGGCAGACUUGGGGUCACAGAUGGAGGCUGAUACACACAUAGAGACAGAGAAAGAGUCAGAGAAAGAGGUAGGGACAGAGACGGUCACAGAGGAAACCACUGACACAGGGAUAGAGGAAGCCACUGACACAGGGACCGAGGAAGCCACUGAUACAAGCACAGGGACAGAGGAAGCCACUGAUACAAGCACAGGGAUAGAGGAAGCCACUGAUGCAAGCACAGGGAUAGAGGAAGCCACUGACACAAACACAGGGAUAGAGGAAGCCACUGACACAAACACAGGGAUAGAGGAAGCCACUGACACAAACACAGGGAUAGAGGAAGCCACUGAUACAAGCACAGGGACAGAGGAAGCCACUGAUACAAGCACAGGGAUAGAGGAAGCCACUGACACAGGGAUAAAGGAAGCCACUGAUACAAACACAGGGAUAGAGGAAGCCACUGACACAAACACAGGGAUAGAGGAAGCCACUGACACAGGGAUAGAGGAAGCCACUGACACAAACACAGGGACAGAGGAAGCCACUGACACAAACACAGGGACAGAGGAAGCCACUGACACAAACACAAGGAUAGAGGAAGCCACUGACACAAACACAGGGAUAGAGGAAGCCACUGACACAGGGAUCGAGGAAGCAACUGACACAAACACAGGGAUAGAGGAAGCCACUGACACAAGCACAGGGAUAGAGGAAGCCACUGGCCCAAGCACAGGGAUAGAGGCGGUCAUAGCGUCCCCAAAUGAAAUUCAGACACACACAGAGACAGCAUCAAAGAUAGAGGUACAAUACACAGAGCCCUCUAGGAUAACACCAGCCAAUCAGAGCCAGGUUUCUCCAGAGUUGACCUCAGGCCAAGACCGAACAGGUCAAGACCAGAAGAUUCCUGAAGAACCCCAGGGUCCAGUCACCAUCCAUCCAGAGGAGAAUCAGGAGACCCAGAACGUCAGAGAGAGUGAAGGAGAGAAAGAAGAGGAAGCAUUGACAUUUCCCUCUCAGGAAGCAGGAAGCCUCAACUGACAUCCUUCCACCAUCGCAUCAGGGGGAAUCACUGAAAGCUGAACUCCCUCUCAUACCUGGCAACCCAAAGUCCCAAAGUAAGAGUGAAAAGAGUGAGUCUCCACAUCCUGCAGACUCAAAGGCUGGAUCUGGCAAGCCAUUAUCCACACACACGGAUGUCUCCUCCCAAAAGACUCAGGCCCGUGAUGGACCUUGGGCAACCCCUUCUGGAGACUUCGGGCUCUGCAAGUCCUCCAGCUCCCGGAAGCUCACUCGGAGGCUCUCUGAGGAUCUCUUCACCGACCCCAACCAAUCACAACCCACCUUCACACACUCUAACCAAUCAAAUGCAGGCCUCAUUCAGUUCGACCAACCACAACCUAACAACACAGCUCCAACUCAGGUACCAAAACACCCAGAAUCACCCCGACAUGUCACAGGGAGCAUCCCAGGCACUGUCCCACCUCAGACUGUGUCCAAACCAUGCAGAGGACCAACUGACACCCCCAGGCUAUUUGGUCUCUUCCGCAGGCUCAAAGGGGAGCAGCCCAAACAGGACAGGAAGAAAGGGGAACCUAAAGUCCCUGUCCCCAGAAUCCUAAUCCAGGACUUUAGUGACGGGACAGGUGAGGGGCGCACGGUCAGGGGGGAGGAAGAUGAGGAGCUGAGCUCCAGAGAGAGGAGGAGGAGACGGAGGGAGCAGGAGAGGAGGGAGAAAGAGGAGGAGAAGUUACGGAAGAAGAGGGAGAAGGAGAUGGAAAAAGAGGAGAAAGAGAGAAAGAGGGAGAGGAGGAAGCCUCAGACGAGAGGGAAGAGUUUUCAGGUGCAACACAGCAAUGUCCCCCUCCCCGAAAACAGCGGCUCACAGACAUUUGGUUCCAAAAGAAACUCUACUCCGUCUACGGAGACAUACUUUUAACAAGCAAGGAAAGAAAUCGACAUCUAAAAAUAUCUUACAAACCACAAAAAUUACCCAGAAAACAUUUCCUUCAAUUGUAGACUUUUCUGGAAUGUAAAUAAAACAAUUAUUUUUUCUAACUCAG